GAGGAUGCGAAACUGAUGAAGGAAAUGGGCAUGGAUACAUAUAGGUUUUCCAUUUCCUGGUCACGAAUAUUACCAUAUGGCACUGUCAACGGCGGAAUUAACAAAGUUGGAGUGGCCUACUACAACAACCUCAUCAAUGAACUCUUAAAACAUGAUAUCAAGCCUUUUGUGACACUGUUUCACUGGGACCUUCCACAAGCUCUGGAGGAUAAAUAUGGAGGAUUUCUCAGCAAGAGUAUUGUGAAAGAUUUUGAAGCUUACAGUGAAAUAUGCUUUCAAGAGUUUGGCGAUCGAGUGAAGCACUGGAUUACUUUAAACGAACCUUAUGUCUACGCUGCCUUUGGCUAUGACACUGCCACAGCAGCACCUGGCCGCCACUCGUCUUCUGAGUCAUAUAUUGUGGCGCAUAAUCUUCUUCUUUCUCAUGCAUCUGCUGUGCGUUUAUACAAGAACAAAUAUCAGGUAGUGCAGAAGGGAUUGAUUGGUAUUACAUUGGCGAGUCACUGGAUGGUUCCCUAUUCAAAAUCAACUUCUGAUAAGAAAGCCGCCCAAAGGGCCAUAGAUUUUAUGUUUGGCUGGUUUAUGGAUCCAAUUACAGAAGGGAAAUAUCCAUUAACAAUGAGAAAUCUUGUUGGUGAUCGUUUACCCAAAUUUACUGCCCAUCAAUGUUCUAUGGUGAAAGGUUCGUUCGAUUUUGUGGGCUUAAAUUACUAUACAGGCAUGUAUGCUGCUGAUGUUUCAAUGCCACCCAAUCCCAUUAACACAAGCUAUACAUUGGAUUCUCGAGUAAAUCUAACAGCUGAGAGAAAUGGUAUUCUCAUCGGACCAGAGGCAGGAUCGAGCUGGCUUCAUGUGUAUCCGCGUGGAAUAAGAGAGUUGUUGAAGUACAUAAAACAUAGAUAUGAAAAUCCACUGAUUUUCAUCACAGAGAAUGGAAUUGAUGAAAAGAAUGAUGAUACAUUAUCAUUGGCACAAGCCCUUAAUGAUACUUGGAGGAUCAAUUAUCAUUCAAAGCAUUUGUCAUAUAUUCAACAAGCAAUAAGGGGUGGUUCCAACAUACAAGGUUAUUUUGCAUGGUCCUUACUAGACAACUUUGAGUGGACGAAUGGCUAUACAGUUAGAUUUGGUCUACAUUACGUAGAUUAUAAAAAUAACUUACAUCGAUAUCCAAAAGCAUCUGCUUAUUGGUUUCACAAAUUCUUGAAAUAA